AUGUCUUCGUCGUUCGACCCUUCAUUGUCCACUAGUGGCAUGCGCCCACCUCUGGCGUCGGCAGACGCGCCUUCGAUGGCGGACUCACUGCCGAGUAUAAACUUUGGAUUCGAGGACUUGCGCAACCGUAUGGCUCAAUUCACUGCUCGUUUUGAUACUUUCAUUGAACGAGGCAGGAAGCAGGUCUUGGAGGAGAGGAAUCAGUUCAAAAUAGGGCUAGCUGAGCUAGAAGAGGAUGAGCGAAUGAAGCAAAGAGAUAUCGAGAUACUGAACCUCAAGUCGCAAACCCACGAACAGACUCUUCAGAAGGAAUCGGCCGAGGCUGCUGAAAUGCAUGCUACAAUCUCCUCCGUGGCUUUUGAGCGCGAUUCUCGCCUUUCCAAACGCGAUCGUUUAAAGCAGCAGAUUGACGAGACGCAAAAGGCUACAAGCCAAAAAUUAGAAGCACAGAAAGCCCACGCAAGGUAUUUAGAUGCACAAUCCCGUCUGAAUGUGCCAGAAUUAGAAUUCUGGCAGGAUUAUCUAUGUCUUCGAAUCGACGGUGCUGGGCGAGAAGAUCGCUUGAAGUUCGUUUUCAGCCAUUUGUUGGAGAAGGACUGGGAGGCGGAAGCUUGGUUUGAGCUAGGCACAUCGAGCCGUGAUUACGAGGUGUUUCAUACACGUCCUAAACUGGACAGGGAGGCUCUUGACCGGGAGCUGGACAUUAUGAAUGAGGAUCGUGACUUUGGUGCGUUUCUGAAAAGGAUGCGAAAACUCUUUGUCGAGGCAAUGAAGUAG